AAGAUGGCGUCCAUCAUGGAAGGGCCACUCAGUAAAUGGACUAACGUCAUGAAAGGUUGGCAGUAUCGUUGGUUCGUUUUAGAUUAUAACGCCGGUCUGCUAUCUUACUAUACGUCCAAGGACAAAAUGAUGAGGGGUUCCCGAAGAGGCUGUGUGCGACUUCAGGGAGCUGUGAUUGGUAUAGAUGACGAGGACGACAGUACCUUCACCAUCACAGUGGACCAGAAGACCUUCCAUUUUCAAGCUCGUGAUGCAGACGAGAGAGAAAAGUGGAUCCAUGCCUUAGAGGGCACUAUUCUCCGGCACACACUUCAGCUGCGGGAGGCUGAAACAGAAUUUGUUCCCAGCGUUCAAGAUUUUGACAAGAAGCUCGCUGAAGCGGAUGCCUACUUGCAGAUUCUGAUCGACCAGUUAAAAUUGUUUGAUGAAAAGAUCAGCAACAGCAAAGAAGAUGAGCAGAGAAGAAAAAUUGAAAACCUAAAGGAAACCACUUGUGGCAUGGUAGAGUCAGUCAAACACUGUAUAGUGUUGCUGCAGAUUGCCAAGGACCAAAGUAAUGAUCAGAAGCACCCAAAUGGAUUUAUAAGUACCAUUAACCCAGUGGAUGGAAUAUAUCAGCCUAGUCCUCUUGAUUCUUCAGUAAUCAGUACGAUGCCUACCCAGACUGUCCUACCGCCAGAUGGUUCCCAGGUGGGCAAAGGGGAGCCGCGUCCCACCUCCCUGGCGGUUGGUUCUCUGGAGACUGUGAUGGGAAACCACCAGACUCCCACCCCCAACAGCACAGGGAGUGGCCUGUCCGCACCGAGCAGCAGCGUCACCUCCCCCAGUCACGUCAACCUGUCCUCCAACACGGUCCCUGACUUCUCCUACUCCAGCAGUGAGGACGAGUUCUACGAUGCAGAUGAGUUCUACCAGACCAGCACCUCCCCAAAACGCUGCAUAGAUCCGUCUAUGACCCCAGCAGUGCUGGCCCACAGCAGCACAGGGAGCAGUCUGAAACGUCCAGACACCAACGAGUCUCUCAACUCCUCCAUGUCGAAUGGCACCACUGAUGCAGAUCAGUUUGACAGCCAUGAUGACCGGGAUGACGAAGGGGAGGGAGAGUCUGUGGAGGAGCACAAGAGUGUCAUCAUGCACCUGCUGUCCCAGGUCAGACUGGGGAUGGACUUGACCAAGGUGGUUCUUCCUACGUUUAUCCUGGAGAGGAGGUCAUUGCUGGAAAUGUACGCCGACUUCUUUGCACAUCCUGAUCUGUUUGUCAGUAUUGCAGAUCAAACGGAUCCCAGGGACCGCAUGGUGCAGGUUCUGAAAUGGUACCUCUCUGCCUUUCACGCAGGACGGAAGGGCUCGGUGGCCAAGAAACCCUACAACCCCAUUCUGGGAGAGAUCUUCCAGUGUUACUGGGACCUGCCUUCAGACAGCGAGGAGAAUGCAGAGCCUGUUUCAGAGGGGCCUGCUCCUUGGUGCAGUAAGAACGACGUGUCCUUUGUUGCAGAGCAGGUCUCACAUCAUCCACCCAUUUCUGCGUUUUAUGCUGAGUGUUACAGCAAGAAGAUUCAGUUCAAUGCUCAUAUCUGGACAAAGUCCAAAUUUUUAGGAAUGUCCAUUGGGGUCCAUAAUAUUGGACAAGGGUGUGUAUCGUGUCUGGAGUACGAUGAACACUAUAUUCUCACUUUCCCCAAUGGCUAUGGAAGGUCCAUUCUCACAGUUCCUUGGGUAGAGCUGGGUGGGGAGUGCACAAUAUCUUGCUCCCAGACUGGAUACAGUGCCAGCGUCAGCUUCCACACAAAACCUUUUUAUGGCGGGAAGAAGCACAGAAUCACAGCCGAGAUCUUCCCCCCCAAUGAUAAGAAGGCAUUCUGUUCCAUUGAGGGCGAGUGGAAUGGUGUCAUGUAUGCAAAGUGGGCAUCAGGGGAGAGCAACGUGUUUGUCGACACCAAGAAGAUCAGCACGAUCAAGAAGAAAGUGAGGAAGCUGGAAGACCAGUUGGAGUACGAGUCCCGGAGCCUGUGGAAGGACGUGACGGUUAAUUUAAAAUUGAGACACAUUGAUGCUGCAACGGAAGCAAAGCACAGCCUUGAAGAGAAGCAGAGAGCGGAAGCCCGAGAGAGGAAGGAGAAGGAUAUGCAGUGGGAAACACGGUUAUUCCAUGAAGAUGGGGAAUGCUGGGUCUAUGAUGAACCCCUUUUAAAACGUAUGGCUGCCAACAAACAAUGAGAAUAGGUGGGAAUAGUCUUCAAAAGAACUCUUUAGAAAACCACUUCUCAUUAAAGGCUUUGAAUGACAGAAUAUGUACUCUGCUUCAGAAGUGAAGAUUUCUCUCAAGGUCUGCUCAGUGAGCCAACGCCAUCAAAAAUUUGUAAGCACGAAUUCUGAAGCAUCUUACGGUUUUUUUGGGGGGGGCGGGGGGCGGGUUGAUCAUCUUUCUCAGGGAAACUGAUGAUUUGAGGAAGAAAAAAAAUACCAUUUCAGAAACCUUUUGUGGAGGAGGAGGAGGAGGAGAGAGAACAUUGCUUGCUAAAGUAGCCAGCAAUGGCUGUUUUUCCUUUUUCCUCCCUGUUGAUAUUGGCUAUGUGAGAUAUGAGCACCAUCUAACCUGGUGGUGUUAUGGAUAUUCUAGAGAGCUUUGUCCAAUUUUCCUAAACUAUCUCUCCCUCUCUCAAUCACUGUACAAAUGUAUAUUGAAAAGAAGUCUGCUCAGUCAGUAGAACAAGUUACAGAAACUGUUUUCAAACCAGUGCAUUAACACUGGAUCAGGCUAGAGUUAUAGAUGAACAGACCAAUUCCUUGUGCACUUUACAUUAAGGGGCCAGGUAACAACAGCAAGCUUAUUUAGCACAACCAAGAAUAAGGCUUGCCCAUUUAGUACACAUGAACCAAUCACAUCUAGUUACAUAAAGAAAACAAAUCUGUGCUUUGUCAGAAAUAAAAGCACUUCAUUACAAGCUUGCAGGCUCUGUAAAAGUUCCUCUGCGUUAAGGCUGCAGAAAAUCUUGGCUGGAUCCUGUGUUAGUGUAAAUCUGCUUAGCAUACCUUCUACAGACAUGUAAAACACAGCAAGAACUCAAUUUAAUUUCUUUUUGGAUCUGUUUAGUAAAAUAUAUAAUUCUCAAAGCCAUUUUUUUGUGUGUGUUUGUGUUAAAACAAAUUGAGGCCUUGCUGUUCUUGCAGUAUCUCUCGCUUGAAGAAAAAUAUCAGUAUUUUUAUUUUAAAAAGACUUGUUUCUAAACUUAACCAAUGAUUGUACCAGAUUCUCCUGUUUAUUGAUGCAGAUAUUAAACCUUUUUGUUUUGCAUAUGUUUCAUGUAUUUGUAUUUAGUUCAUAAUAAAGCUGUAGCAUAAUGGAA